AUGGUCCGCCCUCCUAGCCCCGUGAACGCUCGAGAUACGAAGGGCGAGGACGAAAUACUAUGGGCGAUCGCGGCCAGCAUCACGCCGAGGGCAAAGAUGGACGACGCUCUGAUCGAAAUCGCUCCCCGGAAGGAACCUAAACGCCGGGGCCAAGCACUGAUACCCACCGUAGAUCAAGACGAGGAAGUAUGGGUGGUCAGCUUUGACGGAUCCGCUGGGGUUAAGCGUGGCGGGGGCGCGUUCAGCGCGAUCGCUUGGAGUCUGCCCGGAUGGAAGGUGGUCAAGGCCAGAUCGUGCUAUCUCGAGAGUCUCACCGUGAACGAAGCCGAAUGUAACGGCCUGAUCCUGGGGCUCGACAUGCUAGAGGGCCUAGAUCGCAAACGCCUGGUGGUCUGCGGUGAUUCCAACCUAGUGAUCCGACAUGUACGGGGUGAGAUCGACAGCAAAGCACCCGGACUGACGCUAUUGAAGCGGAAGGCCCUCGAUCGCCUGAGGAAAUGGAGUGAUCAUGAGUUGGGACCGGAACGAAAGUACCGACAGCCUAGCGAGCGCCGCUUUGCAACGACAAGAUGGGAUCGAGGUCCGGGAGAUGCCCGGUACCAGGAUCUGGUCACCCUGAUCCGGUUAGACGAAAUCUUGAUCCCCAAGACCGAGAAUCCAGUCAUGCGAGUUGCUGCGGUUACCACUCGAGCUGGUCGAGCAAGAUCACCGGCGGGUGUCAUGCAAGAGGAUCUGAUCCGGGAAAUCCGGGUCGACCGGAUCAAGCAGGCCCAGGAGGAAGAAGUCUGGAUCGCCGGCAUGAAGAAGUAUCUGAGUGGCUCAAUUGCAGAUCUCGCACAGGCGGAUGCGAGAUCGUAUGGCAAGAUCGCGACCGACUACGAGGUAGACGAGCAGAAUCUACUCUUUUACUGCCCCCACGCCGAGAUCGAGACGAUCGCGACCGAUUGCUGA